AGCUGUGUUGCCGUUGUCCUCGUGGUGGAAAAAUAAUUACUUCCAACGCGUCUCGUUGCUUUCGACCCAUUAUCGUUACAUCGCGUCGGUGGACAAUCAAUGGUUUUGCCAUGGGAUACGUUAAAUUUUUUCUAAGCCUCCUGGUCUUGAGAUGGGGUGCUGCCCAAGUCGUCGACAUUGGCGGCGUCUGGGAAGUGAAAUGCCCACGCGAGUGCUCCUGCGAGUAUUUGCGCUACGAGGACCUGCCUCUUCAUCAAUGGAUCAAUUCGACCAACGAUUUUGGGGGCGGUUCGAUGAACCAAGUUGACGAGGACCAUCCGCUCGCUAACGAACUACUCAGGGUCGCAACGUGCGUGGUUUCCGAAAACCCGAUGAAGCUACUGUCGCAGUUACCCGGAGAUUUGCAAGUAUUCACGAUCUUGGAAUCGGGCACCGGCAAUAUCGAAAUACUCCUGCAGGCUGCCGACAUGCAACGCUUCACCGACCUGAUUUCGCUGGACAUUCAAGGACUGGAUAGCCGAGAUCCCUCCAAGAGCAACAACGUCCCCAUGCACGAGAACGACAAGAAAGGCAUCACUUUAUCAGCCGACACGCUACUACCACUGGGCACAACUUUGCUCUAUUUAAACCUGGAACGAGUCACUUUGACGAGAUUGAGCGUCAAAGACAAGAGCAAGGCUAGUCUCAUAGUCAAACGCAUGAAUCCUCCGGAGGAAACUUCUCAAGUGAUCUCCAGCAUUAAUCAGACCACGGGCCACAGGCUGAUCUUCCUGAGUCAGCAAAUGGGCGCCAACAACGACGACAAGGAAAUCCUGCCCUACGACAUUUACAAGCAAGAGGUGGAGGGCUACAAGGAUUCUACAGGGCUAUUCACAGGCCUGGGAGUUCUGACUCAUCUUCGGGUGCACGACUGCGCUCUCAAGGACAUAUCCUGGCACAUGUUCGAUGGCCUCGACAGUUUGCAGUACUUGUCGCUGCAGAAAAACGAUUUAAAAUUCAUUCCUGAAUUUUGUUUCUAUGGAACGCCUAAUCUCAGGCUGCUGUCGCUUGCUAACAAUCAGCUGCUGACACUCUCCAGCGUCGAUUUGGCAGGGCUUUUGUUGCUGGAGAAGCUCGAUCUCAGUGGCAAUAAUUUAACUUUUUUGUCAGAACUGUCGUUCCCACCCUUUCCGGCUCUGUUGGCCGCCGACUUCUGUGGCAAUCCUCUGGAUUCGAUUUUUCCGAGCACAUUCGAAAUAAUGAAUAAAACAACUCGACUGGAAUUAGGUGGAAACGUUGCAAAACUCAAGCUGCAAAAGAACGUGUUUUUAGGAUUGAAAAAUUUGCAAGUUUUGCAUAUUUACAAUCUAGACAUGCCAGUGAUUGAACGAUUUAUUUUUCAAGGGAUGCCGUCUCUGACUGAAUUAAAAUUAAGAGGAAACAUUACAAGCAUCGAAUUCGAUGUAUUUGUCGAUCUUAAUAAUUUGAUUGACUUGGAUCUCAGUCACUGUCAUAUUACAAAAAUAUCAAUGGAUGCCUUUUAUGGCCUGGAAAACGUUAAAAGAAUUGAUCUUUCUUACAAUGAUAUUGAAUACAUUCCACCAGGGCUGUUUUCCAUACAGCAGCAAAAGAAAUUGAAGGAAAUCAUUCUCACUAAAAACAAACUACUGAAAUUGCCUGUGGAUUUUUUCAAAAACUUACGCACCAUGAAUAAGCAAUUUCAAAUACAAAGCAUAAGAUUGGAUGGAAACCCUUGGAAUUGCAAUUGUGACAUGACAGCGUGGAAUCCUCACUUGGUGAACAGGGCUAAAGAAACGGCCCCCAGAUGUUUUACACCUAAAUCCUUGAGAAACUGGGGUGUCUUUUAUGCUCUUCGCAAAGGAGGCUUACAAUGCAAAUGGCCAAGGCGACGCAGGCUUAGGAGGAAACAUGCUAAAAUAGGUAAUAUCGAUGAUAACACCAUUACCAGUUAAUCGAAUAUUAUGACUCUAAUAAGUGGAUACACACGAGCCAACGGAAUUUGUUGUAUCAAUAUC